UCCUGUUUUCUUUGGAUAUUUGGAAAAGAAAAACAAACAUACCCCAAAUCAGAGAAACUUGUUACAAUGUCAGUACCUAUUCGAAUUAUAACUUUACUAUUGCUCCUAAUCUUCAUUGCUCAAAGUCUCUCUUACACAAUUUCCUACCAAGGUAGCAAUAUUGCAACCAAGAAAUGCAACUUCAUCCCAAACAGUGAGUCAAACAUUGAUCGGAUGCAUGCAGCAGCUAUAAUAAGAGAAAACAAGUUGAGUGGACGAAAGUUGGCAUUUUCCGAGAAAAUGAAAGAAAAUAUUAUUGAAGAAAGCAAGCAAGAAAAUAUUGCAAAUGUGAAAGGCCAAGAGAUUACAAGAACAAGACGUUUGAUUUCACUGGAUGGAGAUCAGAAAAAGAUGGGUGGAUAUGUAGUAUUUACUGCAGAUUACAAAUUACCAAGGCAUCAUCCUCCUAAAAAUAAUUAGAAAUAUGAUGUUACUAUGAUAUACAAUAUGGUUUAACUACCUCUGCAGCUAAUAUAUAUAUAUAUAUAUAUAUAUAUAUAU